AUGGACAACUUUCCAAAGCUCAAGCCCAAGCUCAAUCGUUUCGGGCAAGUGGAAUAUGAGCCAAGCGACUUUCCAAUGCAUUCCCUGCCGAUGGCCGAGCACAGCGAGGGAAUCAGACUUGAUCAAAAAGUGCUGGCGGACAUCGGAAUCAAGAAGGAGUAUCUGCCGGACGUGCCACAGUUUAUCCUCCACCCAAAUAUGGAUCAUACAAAAAAAAAGGCACCUUUUCGCUCUGUAUUCCCUUACAUACAUGAGCACGAACCAAAAUGGAUCAACGGCGACAUUGUGGUGUAUCGGCCUAUUCGAUGGGUCCCGUACGUUAUGUUAAUUCAAUUUUACCCGAAAAGCGAACUCACAACUACGAUCAAAGUCCAAACAACCAAUGUCUUGGAGAAGGAGCUCUACGGAAAGGCUUCUUUUUCGGUUGAAGCUUCGGCCGCGUUGAGCUAUAAAGAUAUGGCAUUGGGCUUCAAGGCUACCGGGGAGGGACACGUGACAGUGACGCGGAAUAUCAAAGAGCUCAAGGACUUGACUGAAGAGGGUUCUUUCAAGUAUGCAGUGAAUGAACUGGGAAUCGGAAUGAUGAUGGAGGUGGAAGAGGUGGCAAGAUAUGAAUUCCGGAACGACGAUAUCUGGGAGGACUUUUAUGAAGAAGAGGGGGUUCCAGAUGGGACCGAACUUCAUUGGGGUGGGGACGAGACAUGGGAAAAAAUCCAUAUCCGUUCUAAUGAACUCAACCUCGUCAAGCAAUUGCAGGUUGUCGACGGAGAUUUGUACAUUCAGAUGCUGCCACUCCCGAGUGAUGACAAGAGAGAGAUUGCCGACAUGUACGUGGCCCUGAGCUUUAAGUACAAGGAAACCUGGAGGAGGAAUGUCACCGGCUGCAAGAAGGCGUGGGAGGACUGGUACGCAUAUAUCCAUGGAACCUUUCACUCAAAGGUUUCGAAGCAAAAUACCUAUCUGGCUUGGCCGGCAUGGAAGCCCAUUUCCACUUUUAGGGCAGUCGAGCCAGUGAAGCCAACGUAA